AUGUAGAAAUUUUGUUUGUAAACUAGAUUCACUUAGACUUAGAACACAUGAUUGUGUGGUGGUUGGCAGAAGUAUCGAACAGUCAUGUCUCCGAUUUUCAUUUAUUUUUUCGGGUUGGCCGUUUCGGCCGUUUGGUCCGCAUAUACGUACGACAUCGAAGACGCUGAAUACCACUUCGAAGAAUUCAUUGAAAAGUUCGGAAGGGAAUACGAAAAUGAAAAUGAGAAACAAUACAGAUUCAAAAUUUUCGUUGAAAAUUUGAAGAAAGUUAACGAAUUGAACAAAGAAAGCGAUCAUGCUGUCCAUGGUAUAACCCAAUUCAUGGACAUGGAUGUAGAAGAAUUUACCGCAGUAUAUACAGGUCUUCGUCAGGACUUUGAUUCUGGCUGCGAUUAUGCACCUGAUGAUUACAUUCCUGAUGAUGAUGUGCCGGAGUCGUUCGACUGGCGUGAUCAUGGAGUAGUGACAUCAGUUAAGAACCAGGGUGAUUGUGGCAGUUGCUAUGCAUUCAGUGCAGUUGGUAAUAUUGAGGGUCAGUACGCCAUGAAAUAUAAAGAACUCGUCGACUUGUCUCCGCAACAAAUUGUAGACUGCGUAAUGGACACCGAAGGGUGCGAUGGAGGAUUAAUGAGCCUCGCCUUACAGGAUAUAAUGUAUACAGGAGGUAUCGAAACUGAAGCCGAUUAUCCAUACAAACAAAAUGAUAUGGAUGCAUGUUCCUUUGAUGUCACUAAAGCUAAGGUAACAUUGUCAGAUUGUCUUGCCUUCAAAUUGACCUCUCAAGAGAAGCUGAAGCAACUGCUCUACAAAACUGGACCCAUCUCUAUAGCCAUCCAAGGCACGGCUUUGCAAACUUACAAAGGCGGAAUCCUCUCGGAUGAACAAUGCGAUAAAGGUUUCAUCAACCAUGGAGUCCUACUUGUGGGUUAUGGCGUAGAGAAAGAUAUACCAUUUUGGAUCGUCAAGAAUUCUUGGGGAGAAAGUUUUGGUGAAAAGGGUUAUUUCAGAGUGGUCAGAGGUGAGGAUUCGUUCUCUUGCAAGAUGCUGAACAACGCGAUGUGUACUGCUAUAGUCGAAUAAUGCUCCGAAACUGAAAUUUGUAUCUUUUAUCAUACAAGAAUAAAAAAAAGGUUGAAAUUACA